AUGGUCGUGGAACUGGAGCACAUGAACCACAGUUUCCCGCACACUUUUCUCUGGCUUCCCCGGUACUUCGCGCUCAUUCCGUCUCAUCGGAGAGUCAUUGGCAUCAAGACGUACGGCAACCCGCUUCGAUUCGGUGCCAUCGCCGUCAUGUCCAACUGUGGUCUUCCGCAGCGCCCGUAUGACGCGAUCGUCGGCACGGCGCCGUUGACGAAACGAGCCAAGCUCUCGAUCUGGAAAAAGCUUGAGCACCACGAGUGGCAGCUCGGUCGGAUGGACCGACCCGUGCUGCACAUCAACGUUGCCGAUCUGCUCUACUUGGACGAUGCGAACCUUUCUCGUCGGCGCACCACCAACGACCGAGCGCCUUGA